UAGCAGGCUAGGUUUGCGGUAGUCUUGUGUUACUCUCGAUUAAAGUCUCUUGUUGUGAAAGAUUUGGGUCUGAUGGUCCCAAUCGCUCUAUAAAAGUUGGGCUUGUUGAACGAAUAAGCAAUUUGUUCAAUACGAAUCUGCCCUCCGAUAAUGGUACUGGAGCCGGGCUUUAGUAGCUCACAUACAGCGUGCUCUUAUGAACAGCAAACGAUGUACCGGCGCUUUAGCUAUACGAACUUGAAUGUGGAUUUGCGCGGAAUAUGAGCGCUAAGCGCGCUGUACUCUACGUUUACAUGCAUGAGCUUCUGGACGGGAUUCGGAUCGUACGCUAGGAUGUUGAAGCAUAUUGAUCUAUAUUCCUUAAACAAUAAUAGAUGCAAUUUCUCCUGUUUGGUAGCCCCAGAUUGCCUCCAAAUCUCGCAGCCUCCACAGAGCGCCCCAUCCGGUUGUUUGCUCGAUGAUUUUAAGCAGCCUCGCCAUCUGCAAAUGCUCGCUUCUGUGGGUGAGAAGUUUACCUGCCAAAUACAGCGGUUGGAUGGCGUUGAUCAGGCUGGCCUUGUGCGGGUUGGUCAACGAUAUGCCGCAGACUCUGCGCGCGUGCCAAACAGGAGAUGCAUACGGCGACGGAAUAGCCUCGCUUCUCGGCCGCAUUUCAAGCGCAAUAAUGCACGCUGCAUGGUAUACCUGGUGGCAGGAUAUAGCUGGCCAAUGGGCAAACAGAAUCGAAGGAAACAUGCCAUUGCAAUCUUUAGACACCAUAGUCGGCAGCAUACACUCUGGCCGCGUCUCGCGCCAGCACUGCAAAUCGUGCCACAGUCGUCGCCACUGGACCACAAACGACCUCGCCUCGAAGUGGUAGUACUCCUGCAGCUCCAGGAACCUCGUACGCUUGUACAAAAGGUCGCAUGCUUUAGCACAGAGGUAGACAGCCCAGUUGGCAUGCAUGUCUGAGUUCUGGCGACCAAUUCGGUAGAAUAAACUAGCAGCGAACUCAUCCUGAUCAGUCUGUGAAUCAUUCUCUGGGAUCCAUUUGCCAAGCGGCAGCACUGUGCUCUGCGUGCCGGCUGAGAUGAUGACGCCGCACACCUCCAUGCGAGCAUAGCACCAAAAAACACCCUGCAAAAGGCCGCCGGAGAAGCCAUUGACUCUGAACAGAUCAAACAGCGUGGCGCAGCCUUCAAUGUGCCGCCGCCAGUUCUUGGAGCUGCCAGACAUAAGCUCCAGUACGGCAAGUAUACACGCUGUAACAAGCAUAUUGGCAUCCCUAGCUUGCAUGCCUGGUGCCAGCAAGCGGAUGGAUUCCUGGUAAAGCUCCAGGCUAUCGUGGUUCUUCGUCCAGCUGUUCUUGCGCUCCAUCUGCCGCGCAGAAAAGGCAAGCAACGCAUACAGAAGAGCCGGCGACGUCUCUGAGACGAUGGGCACGCUGAUGCCGAAAUGCUUCUCAUGAUCAAACUUGUCGAGAUACGGCGCGCACUCCACCACCCAAUUCUGCAUAUAUUGAAUAAGUCGGCUCUUGGGGAUAUUUACCCGGGCGAGAUGGUCGCUGUAGCUUGUGUGCACCGCAUCAUCUCCUCGGGCUUCUUUUGGGUCGGGCGUCGUCUGCCUGCCGAUAUCAUAGCUAGAAGCGCUUGCGAAGAGCACCCCGCGCAACUCUUCUUGCAGUUCGAUGAAGCGUGGGUUGGCGGCGUACUCGUCUAGCGUAGAGAGCGACUCUGGGGAAAAGUCGGGGGCGUCUCGGGCUGGGUCUUCUAGCGCGGAAGCCGUUUGCUCCAUUGAGGGCCAAUGCAACAGUUACAGCUAAUUGCCGUCAUUUAGAUAGCUACCGAAACCGGUAGUGCUGUAUGCAUGAAUCAUGGGCGAGGGAUCUCUGUCUGUCACGCCCACUGAUGAUUUUGUCAGGUGGCGCAUACCAAGCAAACUUAUAAGUUAGAGCGGCGCGUAUUUCUGUCCGAAAGUGGAGGGGCAUAGGCUACAGAAUCCAUAUUGGGCUUAGCGCCAGACUAUCUGGGUCGCGCUUCCCGCCGGCGAAGAAGCAUUUGGCGCUAAAGAGGCGUCAUUUGGGGAGAGUCGAACGAGCUAUUGACAAGAAGAAGUCGGGGGAGAACGUAGGGAGAGCAAAAUCCGGGGUUGCAGGGGUUUGCAUCGUUGGAAUAUAUAACUCACAUUGUCCGCUGCGCACCACUCACUCUCUUUCAGUAAGUGCAGGCUGGUUCUCGUAAGCAAUCAUCUUUUCCUCUGUCCUCUUCGCUUAGUGUAGUCACUGCUACUACUGAGUGUCCUGCUUGUGAUUACUUCCAACGUCACCUCGAUCGUUUCUUUAUUUCUGCCAACGCCACGAUAUGGAGUCGGCACAGCAAGCCCUUGGGCCUAGACAAUCCAUCUGGGACAAUAUCCGCUCCAAUCCCAAGAUUGUCUUUAUCGCCUUCUUCGCCUCCCUCGGUGGUUUUGAAUAUGGUUACCAGCAGGGUGUCCUUGGACAGUCGCUUGUAAUGACGCGAUUUGUCACAAACUUCCCUUCCGUGGUAGAAUCGUCUUCUGCGACGGGAUGGCUUACCUCAGUCCUCCAGCUCGGUGGUAUUCUCGGCUCGCUCUCUGCUGGUAUUUUGAGCGAGCUCAUCUCUCGCAAGCGCACCAUGUUCAUUGCCUGCUUGUGGGUGAUCUUGGGUAGCUAUCUCUACAUUGGAGCAAAGGCCGGUGAACCUUCCCUCCUCUACGCCGGCCGCUUCUUCACCGGUGUUGGUGUUGGUCUCUUCAGCGGUGUUGGCCCCCUAUACAAUGCCGAGCUGUCUGCGCCUGACAUGCGAGGCUUCCUUGUCUCCUUCUACCAAUUUUCCACUAUUCUCGGUAUUAUGUUGUCCUUCUGGAUUGGCUAUGCUAGCAAUUAUAUCGGCGGCACGGGCGAUUCGCAAUCAGAUCUGGCCUGGCGUCUGCCGUCCAUUAUCCAGGGAAUCCCGGCUGUUGCUCUCGCGAUUGGCAUCUGGUUUAUGCCCUACUCUCCUCGCUGGCUGGUCAAGGUUGGCAGAGACGAGGAAGCCAAGGCUACGCUAGCGUGGAUGCGCAAAUUGCCCACAGACCACCGCCUUGUUGAGAUGGAGUAUCUGGAGAUCAAGGCCGAGGCCGUAUUCGAGACCAAAGUCUUUGCUAGAGACUUCCCCAGGAUGGCCGACCAACGCGAAAAGAGUCCGUUCAAAGAGCAGAUCGCGCAAUAUGUCACUUGCUUCCGCACAUCUGACAACCUCAAGCGUGUUGCCACGGCAUGGCUGAUCAUGUUCUUCCAGCAGUGGAGCGGAAUCGACGCCAUUAUUUAUUACGCUACCAACAUCUUCCAGAGCCUAGGAUUGACAGGAGGAACUACGGCGCUGCUGGCUACCGGUGUCACGGGUGUUGUCUUCAUUGUAAGCACCGUACCUGCUAUGCUGAUUAUCGACAAGGUUGGCCGAAAGCCCAUGCUGCAAGUUGGUUCCGUCGUUAUGGGCAUCAGCAUGGUAACUGUAGGCAUCAUUGUUGCCAAGUUUAGACACGACUGGCCUUCGCAUGCCGCUGCUGGAUGGGCAGCCGUAGCACUCAUCUGGGUGUAUAUCGCUGGCUUUGGCGCCACUUGGGGCCCCGUAUCGUGGACUCUGGUGUCGGAAAUCUUCCCCUUGUCUAUUCGAGCCAAGGGAGCAUCUAUCGGAGCUUCUAGCAACUGGAUAAACAACUUUGCCAUUGCCUUCUUUGUCCCUCCCAUGCUUCAAGCCUGGGCUUGGGGCACCUACAUUUUCUUUGCUGUCUUUUUGACGGCGGGUAUUUUCUGGGUCUGGUUCUUCUUGCCAGAGACAAAGAACGCCAGCUUGGAAGAGAUGGAUCGCAUAUUCAAGAGUCAUGCUGGCCAGCAAGAUGCGGUGAUUCUACGUCAAGCUCAGGAAGAGGUUGGGCUGGUGGCGCUGUUGGAUCGUGGCUCCGACGAGAAGGCUGCCGUCGGUGUUGUCGAACAAGUUUGAGGCUGGCGUGGCUGGCAAGGAAUUUUCUAUCAAUUUGUAUAUGAUUGAUUUGUUUUAUUUGUAGUUUUAACGCCAUUUAAUCCAUUCCCUGUGAUGAUUAUCUUGACUAA